AUGCCUGAAAAUGUUUUUAUUUUCUUCUUGGAUAAAAUAUAUACGAAUAUACAUAAAUUAAAAUAUCCAACAAUUUACUUUUGCUUCGAUUGGGUGGUCUUAUUCAAGAUCAGAUAUCAAGCUAGACUUAAUAGUAGUACUCUCAUUCUUGUAAAGAAAUCUCAGAUUUCAGAAAACUUCUGCAAUGACUUAACAAGCAUUUCUGGAAUAUUUUCUCAAACUCAACUGUUUUCUUUAAGAGUUUUAAAGGGUAAACUUCUCAUCUCAUUAUGCAAGGCAAACAUUCAAAUUAGUUUUGAUCUUUAA